ACAGGCACGAGUUGAUGGAGCUUCUUGGCGACGCUCUACGCGCAAUGCGAUCAACGGGGGCAUUCUGACGUUUCUUGCCUGCUGUCUAUCAUCGGGUAUCGGUCUGCUCCCAAAGGCCUGACGAUGACCUUCUGGAACGUCUUCUGCCCUGCCAAAGGCCUGGUGAUUUGGGAGGGCAACCGGCUGGGCCACUGCUUCCUGGACCUGCUGCUGACCUCCGCCCAUGCCAUCCUGGCCGUGCUGAGCGUCUUCUACGCCGGCCUGCGCCGCAUGCCCCUCCGCAGGGACCACCAGCUCCUGCUCCUACUGCCGAAAACGUGGCGUGCUCACCUCCGCAAGGCAUGCUGUUGCAUGCUGCUGCUCGCACCGGCCGUGAAGCUUGUGGUUUCUCAGCUCAUCCUGAGCGAACCCAUCGCAGCGUCUUCGGCUAUCCUGGUGGCUGCCAUCUUGCUGUCCUGGACGGUGCACUUUGCCUACCUCAGCACCCUCUCCAACCCACUGCCUCGAAGCCGGCGCUACACGGGCGAAAUCCCCGUGUCGACCGCCGUCGCGCUCUGCGGCAUCUGCACCACGUUUCGCAUCUCGGCGCUGCUGUCUCUUCCACGGAAGGAGCUUGGACCCUUGUUGUCUCACCAGGUGGAGCUGUACGCAAACAUAGCGAGCGCGCUGUCGUGCACCUUCUACCUCGUCUCCGCCGUCCGCUUCUCCAGCACGGCUGGGGUGACGCCGCCGCCGCGGAGUGGCAGGGAGUCUCCGUCCGCGCAGAGUUACGUGCGACUCGCGGACACAGAUGACGACGCUGGUCAACUGGGGACCGCGGAAGACACCAACUGGAUCUCCCUGCUCACGUUCUGGUGGGCAGGCCGGCUGAUGCGCCGCGGCUACCGCGGCCGCAUUCAUGACACGGAUGAUCUGCACGAGCUUCCGGUGGCCCUCCGGCCGGAAGAGGUGGUGUCCCGCCUACGGCGGAGGAUGUCGCGGGACGGCGUCUCCCUGUUGGGCCUCUUCCACCGAUGCUUCGGGCUGGAGUACUACUCCGUCGGACUGCUAAAGCUUGCUGUGGAUGCGCUUGCGUUUGCAAGCCCCGUCCUCCUCAACGGACUAGUCGUGUUCCUCGAAGACGGUCCAGGGGACGGCCCCUGGUGGUCUGGGUACGCAUACGCCUCUGGGCUCGUGUUCGCGUGUCUUUUCGGUGCGCUCCUGUCCACGCACUACGCAUACCUGGUGUCCCGCGUUGGGCUGAAGGCGCGCGUGGUGGUCGUAGCGAUGGUCUACCAGAAGACGCUUUCUGUGGACUUGGCAAGGCUGCACGAGGGCACAGCAGAAGCCAUCAACCUGGUGACUACGGACGUGGAUAGAGUGGUGAACGUGUUCCCAAGUCUGCACGAAGCCUGGAGCCUGCCGCUGCAGGUCUCCGUAACGUUGUACCUGCUCUGGGGUCAGGUGGGGCCAUCCUUUGCGGCCGGUGUGCUUCUGGCGGUUCUCCUGGUUCCGGUCAACCAUGCGUUGGCACUGAAGAUUGUCAGCCUGAGCAAGGACAUGAUGGGCAAGAAGGAUGCGCGCAUCAGGCUCAUGUCCGAGGUGCUGUGGGGCAUGCGCAUGAUCAAGAUGCACGCCUGGGAGCCCCUGUUUCAGGCCAGGGUGUCGCUGAUCAGAGACGCCGAGCUGGGUUUUCUGCGGAAGCGGAAGUACCUGGACGCGCUGUGCGUCUUUUUCUGGGCCACCACUCCCGUGCUCGUCUCGGUGCUCACCUUCGUCACCUACGUGCUGCUGGGACACUCCCUCACCGCUGCCAAGGUGUUCACGUGCCUAGCACUGUUCAACCUGCUCAAGGUGCCCCUGAACGCCUUUCCCUGGGUCCUCAACGGCCUCAUGGAGGCGUGGGUGUCCCUGGGACGUACCCAGCGCUUCCUCAGCCUCCCGGACUUUGAGCCGGCCACAUACUACUCCCAGGCGGUGCAGGGUCGGGAGGUGGUGCGCAUCACGGCGGGCAUAUUCCACUGGGGCACGGCCCAGGGGGAUCUCACCCUGCCGAGAAGCAUCUCGGGGGCUUCGUCGCGGGGCUUCUGCUUGGGACCCAUCAGCCUCUGCCUGGAACAGGGCCAGCUGCUGGGGGUGGUGGGUCCCGUGGGCAGCGGCAAGAGCACCCUGCUGGCGGCCAUCUCCGGGGAGGUGUCGCGGGUGCAGGGCUCGGUGUCUCUGGCCCACCCCGGGCGCCCCCUGGGCCUGGUGCCCCAGGAGCCCUGGCUGCAGAGGGGCACCCUCCGGGCCAACGUCCUGUUCGGGAAACCCUUCGACGCCACCCGCUACCACCAGGUCCUGCAGUGCUGCGCCCUGCUGGACGACCUCAGGUCUCUGCCGGCCGGUGACCUGACGCAAGUUGGCGAGGACGGUCAGGCCCUGAGUGGAGGCCAGAAGCGUAGGGUGGCGCUGGCAAGGGCGCUCUACCAGGACUGCGACGUGUACUUGCUGGACGAUCCGCUGUCUGCCCUGGACGCGCACGUGGCAGAGCAUGUGUUCAACCAGUGCGUGCUAGGGGCGAUGAAGGGCAAGGCCCGUAUCCUGGUCACACACCAAGUGGGCUUCCUCAGCAGCGCUGACCAUGUGGUGGCCCUCAGGGACGGGGCCAUCGUGGCCUCUGGACCCCCCUCAGUGGUGCUCGGGCGUUCCGUGGGGGAUGCAGUGGGCGAGGGUCCCACGCAGGCGUCCCCCCGUGCAGCCCGUGCCGAAGGGGACGGCGGUGAAGGACCCACCGAGGUGCCCCUGGAGCCGGAGGCCCGAGAGAUCGGCGCCGUUCGUCUGAGCACAGUGCGGUCGUACUGGGAUGCGGUCGGAGCUUGGCUGGCGCUCGUGGUGAUCCUGUUCGUGCUGCUCAUGCAGGUGUCUCGCACCUCGACGGACUGGUGGCUGGCCGCCUGGGUGUCGUGGUCCAAUUCGUCUGCCGUCGGCGUUCCUCGUUUCAUGGCCUCCUUGAGGAGCGCGGGAGGAGGCGACGUGCUGAGCGUGUUUUUGCCCGUCUACGGGGGUCUGGCUGUGGCAAAUGGCUUCCUGACCCUGGCACGAGCGUUCCUCUUCGCCUACGGAGGAAUUGCCGCUGCAGUCAAGAUUCAUGACCUUCUUCUGGACAAAGUUCUCAAGGCGCCCCUGUGGUUUGUGGAGUCGUGUCCUGCGGGGCGCGUGCUGAACCGCUUCUCCACGGACGUGUGGUCCAUAGACGACACGCUGCCCUUCGUGCUCAACAUCCUGCUGGCCCAGGGGGCAGCACUGGCAGGCACCCUGGUGGUCACCGCCUACGGAUUGCCCUGGAUCACCCUCGUGCUGCUCCCCCUGGGCUUUGGCUACAACUCCCUGCAGCAAUACUACCGGUGGACCUCCCGAGAGCUCAAGCGUCUGAGCAGCGUCACCCUGUCGCCCGUCUACUCCCAUCUGAGCGAGACCCUGGCUGGGAUCCCGGUCAUACGCAGCCUGGGAUCUGUUUCCAGGUUCUGCCAGGAGAACUUACACAAGGUGGCCCUGAACCAGCAGGCGGUGUUUGCAGCCCUGGCGGCCAGCCAGUGGCUCAACCUACGCCUGCAGCUCCUCGGGGUGCUGCUCACCUCCUGCGUGGCCCUCCUGGCCGUCGUUCAGCACCAGGUGCGGGGGGUCAGCGCCGGUUUUGUGGGGCUGGCCCUGUCGUACGCUUUGUCGGUGACCUCCCUGCUGGGCAGCCUGGUGACCUCAUUCACGGACACUGAGAAGGAGUUGGUGAGCGUCGAGAGGGCCGGCCAGUACCUCAGGGACCUGGAGGAGGAGCCCCUGGAGGGCACGCUGCUGCCUCCGUUCGGCUGGCCCUUCUGUGGGGUGCUGGAGUUCAGCAAGGUGACUCUACGCUACCGGGAGGGCCACCCGGCCGCCCUGAGGGACGUCUCCUUCGAGGCCCCCAUGGGGGCCAAGGUGGGGGUGGUGGGCCGCACGGGGGCCGGCAAGUCCAGCCUGCUCCAGGCCCUCUUCCGCCUGGUGCCCGUCGAGAGCGGCCACAUCUUCAUCGACGGCGUGGACGUCACCAAAGUCGGACCCCGGGAGGUCAGGCAGCGGCUGGCAGCCAUCCCGCAGGAGCCGUUCAUUUUCUCGGGGUCGGUGCGGGACAAUGUCGACCCGAGGGGACUGCACUCGGACACCCAGCUCUGGCACGCCCUGGACAAGUGCCAGCUCGGGGGCGCACUGAGGGCACUCGGGGGCGACCUUGGGAUGACCCUGGGUCGCCGGGGGUGCCGCCUGAGCGUGGGGCAGCGACAGCUGCUCUGCCUUGCCCGGGCAUUGCUCUACAAGACACGGGUCCUCUGCCUGGACGAAGCCACUGCUGCGGUGGAUGCAGAUACUGACCGUGCCAUCCAGCAGACCAUCAGGAGCAUCUUUGGCAACACCACCAUUCUGCUCAUCGCUCAUAGGGUGCAAACUGUGCUGGACUGCGACCAGGUGUUGGUGAUGUCCCAUGGAAGGAUCGUGGAGUCGGGGAGUCCGGCGGAGCUCCUCAAGCGUCCGGGGGGCCAAUUUCUUGCCCUAGUGGAAGCGUCCCGGAGGAACGGAGGGCAGGACCUGAUAGCAGCAGCAGACGACGACGAGAGGCUACUCGGACUUUCGGACCAAGAGUCGGACUGACUAUGAACUGGACUGCCUCCAAGCUGGACUGGCUCCAAGCUAGACUGGCCAAGGCGGAUUUUUCAAGGACUUCUUUUUGAGCCGAACUAGCUCAGACGGUUGAGGACUACUUUUGCUCAGAUACGUUGAAGGGACUUGGUGCAUCUAGUACCGACAGAGUUCUGCACUCAUUAACAAAUACACCACACGACAUAACUUAUUUCUACAACGAGCUCUCUAUACUCCGUUCACCCUUAAGCCGAGACCGCAGCCAUUGCCACACGGUUGUUGCAUCUAAGCUUUCUUCAGCAGAACAAGCGAUCGCGCUAGAAAUGCGCGUCUCAAAAGAGCGCGGAGCUAGCUUGCGCUCUUAGCUUUGGCCGCAGUCUCGGCAUAAGGGUGAACAGGGUACAGUGCACUUCUGAAGAAAAAAAAAAAAAUUUGGGAGUGUGCGCUACAUUGAGUGUAAAUAUUUAUUUAGCGAGGUAAACACCAAUGUCUCUGCCAUACGAGGUCUAUCGACUCCUAAUAGAUGAAGGCCAUGGUGCUGGAUUUGUCGAGUCUCCUAGGAGGUACCAGUGCAGGGCAUGGAUCAGGUACGAGUGCUACCCCGGUGUUCGGCAAACGCUCGUCCUCGCAGAACGAACUCGAGUCCCAGCUAAUUGCCGAUGCAGCACUCUUGUCCGGUCGGUGCCCCACGCCAACCUCGGCAAGGCGACAUCAAAAAUUCAACACUACGGUUUUCUUAUCUGGGUGGCGUCGGUUCUAUUCCCAGUUUCAGCGACUGGGAAAAUGCUGUGAUAUUUACAAGUGCCAGCCGACGUCGUGUUAGCGCUAUUUACGUGCCUAGAGGUGCGGACUCUGAACUUGGAUGCACGGUUCCAGGGUAGCGUUCGACAGAUUUUCCUCUCGCCAGAAUAAAUUGUUGCGGGACC